AUGCCGGUGGCGUCAAAUCACCAUACGCGCAAUCAGUCGCAUCGAAGCCUGCAAGAAUUGGGAAGCAUCAAGGAUUCCCAGGACCUCGCCUUCCUGAAUCAGCCUUGUUAUUAUGGGACAAACGUUGAUUCAAGCCAGAUCACCGUGGGUACGAUUCAAAUUAAGAGAAAAGAUAGCGAACCCGUACACUCGACAACGCAGCUGUGCAUUGCGUUUCAAGACGGCCAGCAAACUCUGCUUCAGUUGACUAAAUUGUACUCGUUGCACAUUAUAGUAGCCGCAAGCUUGUACAUGUUCUUCUUUGAAGUCGCCGUCCGCCUACCCUUCCUCCUCGUUGUUGCUUUUGCGAUUCCUUCCAUUCAUGUGCUGGUGGUACCAGAAAAACCGGUAACUGACGUUAACACGUACAAUGACGAUUCUGAAGGUCUUUGUCGCCGAUAUUCCGUCGAUUCAGUAGUUCCUGGUGAACCUGUCGCACAGUACAAGACCGUAGGAGCCUUGCACCCGGCCGUCGCCAUCUUCCCCGGUUUAACAGUUUUCUCACCCUCAACAUGGUUUCCACGCGCCACGGACAACAUACAUUCCCGGCACAAGAGGCAGCGGUUACAUACUACGUUUCGCGAACCAACUUACCAACCUCGGCGUACGUUUCGUGAAGCUUUCGAGGAUACAUUGCCACGAGUGCUCGAAAGCUGGACUAUGUUCGUUUUCCGGACAAUGUUCUACCAGAUCACAUCUCGAAUUACUGUGUUCAUUAUAGAACGCGCAUACGAGGUUAUAACGGGACAGGAGAUGAACGUAGAUGUCUACAUCAUGAACAUUCUGCGUUUUUAUUGGGACUGGGCGACUGGUAUGAGUGGGUUUGCUUUGCAUAGCAUCAAGUGGAUUAUUUUGGGCCUCAUUAUGCUCCUUGAUCAGCUCUUAGUAUGGCUAGGAAGGCAGAUAACAAUGGUCACUGAAGCCAUGCACGAUAGGAGGCUGCAAUACGACGAUUUGAACGCAGUCCAGUUCUAAGUGGCACUGAGGCUACGUUAUAGAGGAAGUCAGAAGAAGGCACAGGGGUUGGUUUUGGUCGAUGUAUGCGUUGGGCGUUUCCGUCACUUAGGAUCUUGCGUCAACAGCGAAAAUAUGUGAUUGUAAGAAUGGUGUUUG